UCUCCACUUUGUGACUAGCUAUUGAACAAUGGCUGGAAGUUGGUGUUUGGGGCAGAUUUUGGCAGUUUGUGCUUUGUGUCAUGCUGUUCCUCAGCGGAAUGAUCUGCCCAGAAACCCUCAAGCUCUGAUGUUCCAGCAAACUGACCAGCGGUUUCAGAAGCCAGUUCAACAGCAAACUGACCAGCGGUUUCAGAAGCCUGUUCAACAGCAAACUGACCAGCGGUUUCAGAAGCCAGUUCAACAGCAAACUGACCAACGGUUUCAGAAGCCAGUUCAACAGCAAAUUGACCAGUGGAUUCAGAAGCCAGUUCAACAAACUGACCAGCGGUUUCAGAAGCCAGUUCAACAAACUGACCAGAGGUUUCAAACGCCAGUUCAACAGCAAACGCCAGUUCAACAGCAAACGCCAGUUCAACAGCAAACUGACCAGCGGUUUCAGAAGCCAGUUCAACAGCAAACUGACCAGCGGUUUCAGAAGCCAGUUCAACAAACUGACCAACAGUUUCAGAAGCCAGUUCAACAAACUGACCAGAGGUUUCAGAAGCUAGUUCAACAGCAAACGCCAGUUCAACAGCAAACUGACCAGCGGUUUCAGAAGCCAGUUCAACAGCAGACUGACCAGCGGUUUCAGAAGCCAGUUCAAGAGCAAACUGACCAGCGGUUUCAGAAGCUAGUUCAACAGCAAACACCAGUUCAACAGCAAACUGACCAACGGUUUCAGAAGCCAGUUCAACAAACUGACCAGAGGUUUCAGAAGCUAGUUCAACAGCAAACGCCAGUUCAACAGCAAACUGACCAGCGGUUUCAGAAGCCAGUUCAACAAACUGACCAGCGGUUUCAGAAGCCAGUUCAACAAACUGACCAGCGGUUUCAGAAGCCAGUUCAACAAACUGACCAGAGGUUUCAGAAGCCAGUUCAACAAACUGACCAGAGGUUUCAGAAGCCAGUUCAACAAACUGACCAGAGGUUUCAGAAGCCAGUUCAACAAACUGACCAGAGGUUUCAGAAGCUAGUUCAACAGCAAACGCCAGUUCAACAGCAAACUGACCAGCGGUUUCAGAAGCCAGUUCAACAGCAAACUGACCAGGGGUUUCAGAAGCCAGUUCAACAGCAAACGCCAGUUCAACAGCAAACAGACCAGCGGUUUCAGAAGCCAGUUCAACAGCAAACUGACCAGCGGUUUCAGAAGCCAGUUCAACAGCAAACUGACCAGCGGUUUCAGAAGCCAGUUCAACAGCAAAAGCCAGUUCAACAGCAAACUGACCAGCGGUUUCAGAAGCCAGUUCAACAGCAAAAGCCAGUUCAACAGCAAACUGACCAGCGGUUUCAGAAGCCAGUUCAACAGCAAACUGACCAGCGGUUUCAGAAGCCAGUUCAACAAACUGACCAGCGGUUUCAGAAGCCAGUUCAACAAACUGACCAGCGGUUUCAGAAGCCAGUUCAACAAACUGACCAGCGGUUUCAGAAGCCAGUUCAACAAACUGACCAGCGGUUUCAGAAGCCAGUUCAACAAACUGACCAGCGGUUUCAGAAGCCAGUUCAACAAACUGACCAGAGGUUUCAGACGCCAGUUCAACAGGAAACGCCAGUUCAACAGCAAACUGACCAGCGGUUUCAGAAGCCAGUUCAACAGCAAACUGACCAGCGGUUUCAGAAGCCAGUUCAACAGCAAACUGACCAGCGGUUUCAGAAGCCAGUUCAACAGCAAACUGACCAGAGGUUUCAGAAGCCAGUUCAACAAACUGACCAGUGGUUUCAGAAGCCGGUUCAACCGCCAACGAAGCCGGUUCAACCGCCAACGAAGCCGGUUCAACCGCAAACCACGCCAGUUCAACCAACAACCACGCCAGUUCAACCAACAACCACGCCGGUUCAACCGCCAGCCACGCCAACAACCACGCCGGUUCAACCGCCAGCCACGCCAACAACCACGCGGUUCAACCGCCAGCCACGCCAACAACCACGCCGGUUCAACCGCCAGCCACGCCAACAACCACGCCGGUUCAACCGCCAGCCACGCCAACAACCACGCCGGUUCAACCGCCAGCCACGCCAACAACCACGCCGGUUCAACCGCCAGCCACGCCAACAACCACGCCGGUUCAACCGCCAGCCACGCCAACAACCACGCCGGUUCAACCGCCAACCACGCCAACAACCACACCACUCUAACCGCCAACCACACCACUUCAACCGCCAACCACGCCACUUCAACCGCCAACCACGCCACUUCAACCGCCAACCACGCCACUUCAACAGCAGACUGACCAGCGGUUUCCUCAGCAGUUUCAGCUUCAGAAGCCAGUGGCGCAGGCAGAGCCCCUUGAUAAAUGUGCUGUAGCUGAUUAUGAGCAAAUCCAAUGCGGACAACCUGGGAUCAGUGGUGCUGAGUGUGACGCAAUGAACUGCUGCUUUAAUGGACAGCAGUGUUCCUAUGGGAGAGCAGAUCUUCAUCCACUGCAGUACAGAGGUGUGUCCUCCCUCUUCUGGCUCCUGUGAGCAAAGCUGCACCAGGAAGAGGAGAGACACUCAUGCCAAGACCAUCUCGAGUGGACAGACGGUGGUUUCUAGUGGAGAAGUUACUCUGGUCAUGUGAAUUCAGUGAUUUUAAUAAACUGCAUGUAACUUCAAGAUUCUUGUUUCUCUGGCUUUUGUUAGCUGAGUCUCAAACACUGUUUAUAGUCUGGUUUAAAGGGACCCUCUACUAAACUGGUGCUCCGUUUGCUUUAGUAAGGUCUCCCAUUCUCACCAACAAAGUGACAUCUUGCU